UCUUAAGCUCCGCCUUAAGAGGGUCAAAGGUCAGCAAGUCGUGGCAAGUGGUGAUUGCUGGACGGACCGGCGUUUUGACUUUCGAGAUGUUCUGUCGACAAAAGGACCUUUCCAGACAUCCUGGAAGUGCAAGACAAGUCAGGACAGGUUUAGAAGGAGUUGGGCGUGUAAAAGAAGGUGUAUUUGUGGUCAUCUCGGGGACAGCUAGCUUUUAGCACUUGCUGAAGUCUUUGUCGUCUGCUAGAAGAGUACAGCUGAGAUUUGUGUUGGUGGACAACAUCUCAGGUGGUGCCGGUACGAGUCAAGUUUCGCGCCAAGACAAUUUUACAAGGCUUGUGUACAACGUAGAGAUACAGCCAAGCUUCCAAUCCCAAAUUUUGUACCAAACAGCCUUUGCAAAUUUGAUACCAAUUCAACAUUGUAGGUUUAGUAUUUUUCUUCCAAAUUCUUUUUUAAGGGGGAUUUUUUUUCACAACAAAUAAUCAUGCCACAAGUGGGUAUCAACGCUCUUCAGUUCUUCCUGAUCCUGAUGGCUGUUCCUGCUCAGUACUUUGUGUCUGAGAUGUGGGGUUCCACUACUGAGCAUCAGAGAGCACAGGCAAUGAGGGGCUUGCUGGUCUCCUUUAAAGACUUAAAACAGAACUACUUCAGCCUUCGCUCCUGGAGGGACUGGGUCAGGAAGACCAUUUCCUCCAUCACGUCGUCUGUUGAAGACAACAAUAAUGCCUUCUCUAGAGGGGAGUCACCGGCAUAUGAAGUACUUCAGAGAAGGUCCCCAGAGGGAUAUUUUGCAGGUUCAACUGUUCCGAGAAGCCCUCGCCCAGUCCGUGUGAAGUACAGGGUAGGACAGACCAUCAAACACAAGAGAUACGGGUACAGGGGAGUCAUCAUUGGCUGGGACACUAUCGCAAAGGCUCCUCCAAAUUGGCUGCUGGCAAAUCAUCCUGCAGAUAAACUACAUUGGAAAACUCUCCCCAACUACUCAGUGCUUGUAGAUGAGAGAGACAGGCCUGAUGGACAGAGGACAUACGUGGUGGAGGAAAACAUCCAGGUCACGUACAACAUGAAGAUCAGGCAUCCUGAUAUUGAGGAGUAUUUUGACAAGUUUGACGGGGCUCAGUACCUGAUGAGGCCAUGGUUAAGUAGAAUCUACCCAGAAGACUGAAACAGCCAUUUCAUCUGACUCUCUCCACACAUGGCCA